CUGUAAUAAGAUUAAAAAAAAAAAAUGCUUCGACGAAUUAAUCAGAUUGUAACUUCUUUGAGGUCAAACUUCAGUACCGUUUCGAAAAUCUGCGAAAAACAUUUAGUUAAGCAUGUUCCUGUACUUUGUGAACAAGCUAUUCUUUAUCUUGAUCCAGCUCCACACAAAAUUUUCAUCGACAUGACAUUUGGUGCUGGGGGCCACACUAGACAGUUAUUACAAAAAUAUGAUGAUAUAAAGGUUUUUGCGCUAGACUGGGAUCCCAUAGCCUUUGAGCUAGCUCAAUGUUUGAGUGAAGAAUUUCCAAAUAGGCUCACACCACUUCUAGGCAAAUUCUCUGAAUUGCCAAAGUUAUUGAAGGAACAUAAUUUAAAAAAAUACUCCAUCGACGGAUUCCUAUUUGAUUUUGGAUGCUCCUCGAUGCAAUUUGAUGAAGCUGCUCGCGGAUUCUCCAUUUCUAAAAACGGCCCCUUGGAUAUGAGAAUGGACCGGGGACGAUGCAAUGAACAAAUCACAGCUGCAGAUGUUCUCGCCCGUGCGGAGGAAGCAGACUUGGUAAAAAUUUUAAGAGUCUAUGGCGAAGAGAAGAGCGCGAAAAAAAUAGCUAGGGCGAUAGUAGAGGCACGUUCUGCGUUUUAUAAGAUUGAAACCACCAAACAGCUGGCGGAUUUGGUGAGCUCGUGUCUUCAGAAUGCAUACCGGCUGGACAAAAUACAGCGACCUACGCAUGUAGCUACCAAAACAUUUCAGGCGCUGCGCAUAUUUGUUAACAACGAAUUGAAUGAGAUCAAUUAUGGAAUGAUUUUAGCCAAGGAAUAUUUGCGCUACGGGGGCCGAUUAGUCGCUAUAACAUUUCACUCUUUAGAAGACACGAUAGUCAAACGCCAUAUAAAUGGAAACGUAAUUGAGGGUAUUGCAAACCCCGUGCCGCUGAAAUAUUGUGGACAUGAUGUUACGCACGAUAAGGAACUAAUUGAGACAUUUGUUCGAUCGAGUUGGCGACAGCUUCACAAACAUGUAAUUACUCCCUGUGAAGCAGAGGUUGCCCGAAACAGUCGUAGUCGUUCUGCUAAACUUCGAGCAGCAACUAAAGUAAAAUAAAUCCUUUUCUUUAGGUUACUGAAAUAUUCGUAAAUUUUAAGAAGUAAUUACGAUUCUUGUAAACUCACAAUA